AUGUCUGUCGUCGGUCUCGACUUCGGUACCCAAAAUGCCGUGAUUGCUGUCGCCAGAAACCGUGGUGUCGAUGUUAUCACAAACGAAGUUUCCAACCGCGCAACUCCCGCCCUCGUUGGUUUCGGUCCCAAGUCUCGCUACCUCGGUGAGACUGCAAAGACACAGGAAGUCUCCAACCUCAAGAACACCGUCGGAUCCCUCACCCGUCUCGCUGGCCGAUCGCUAAAGGACCCCGAUGUCGCCAUUGAGCAAGAACACGUCUCGUGCAAGCUGGUCGAUGUUAACGGCCAGGUCGGUGCCGAGGUGUCAUACCAGGGCAAGAAGGAGCAGUUCACUGCCACCCAGUUGACUGCCAUGUUCCUCACAAGGGCCAAGCAGACCGCUUCUGCCGAGCUCAAGCUUCCCGUCAACGACAUGGUCAUCGCCGUCCCCGCCUGGUACACCGAUGCUCAAAGAAGAGCCAUCAUCGAUGCCGCUGAGAUCUCCGGCCUCAAGAUUCUGCGCCUGAUCAACGAGACCACCGCCACUGCCCUUGGCUGGGGUAUCACCAAGACCGACAUGCCCGGCCCUGACGAGAAGCCCAAGAGAGUCGCCUUUGUCGAUAUCGGUCACAGCAACUACACCGUCUCCAUUGUCGAGUUCCGCAAGGGAGAGCUCAAGGUCAUCUCGACCGCUUACGACCGUCACUUUGGUGGCCGCAACUUCGACAAGGCCAUCGUCGACCACUUUGCCGCUGAGUUCAAGGAGAAGUUCAAGGUUGACAUCAACGAGAACCCCAAGGCCAAGCUUCGUGUUGUUGCCGCUUGCGAGAAGCUGAAGAAGGUUCUGUCCGCCAACGCUGGUGCUCCCAUCAACAUUGAGUCCUUGAUGAACGACGUCGAUGUCCGCGGUUUCCUCAAGAGAGAGGAGCUCGAGGAGAUCAUGAAGCCCCUCCUUGCCCGUGCUACUGCUCCUCUUGAGCAGGCUCUUGCCGAGGCCAAGCUGAAGGUUGAGGAUAUUGACACCAUCGAGCUUGUCGGUGGCUGCACUCGUGUCCCCGCCCUCAAGGCCGCCAUCCAGGACUUCUUCGGCAAGCAGCUGUCCUUCACCCUCAACGCCGACGAGGCCAUCGCCCGUGGUUCCGCUUUCGCCUGCGCCAUCCUUUCCCCCGUUUUCCGUGUCCGCGACUUCUCCAUCCACGACAUCUGCAACUACCCCAUCGAGUUCACCUGGGAGAAGAGCUCCGAGAUCCCUGAUGAGGACACUUCGCUGACCGUCUUCAACCGCGGCAACGUCAUGCCCUCAACCAAGAUCCUCACUUUCUACCGCAAGCAGGCCUUCGACCUUGAGGCCAAGUACGCCAAGCCUGAGAUGCUUCCCGGCAAGAUGAACCCCUGGAUCGGCAGAUUCAGCGUCAAGGGUGUCAAGGCUGACGAGAAGGACGACUUCAUGAUCUGCAAGCUCAAGGCCAGAUUGAACUUGAACGGUAUCUUGAACGUCGAGUCCGGAUACUACGUUGAGGAUAUGGAGGUUGAGGAGCCCAUCGAGGGCGAGGAGGGUAACGACGAGCCCAAGACCCGCAAGGUCAAGAAGCAGGUCAAGAAGGGUGACCUGCCCCUGUCCUCUGGCACCGCUUCUCUCGAUGUGCAAGCCAUCGCCGACUUCUCCGAGAAGGAGCACAGCAUGAUCAUGGAGGACAAGCUUGUCGCCGACACCGAGGACAAGAAGAACGAGCUCGAGGCUUACAUCUACGAAAUGCGUGCAAAGAUCGAUGAGGAGUACGCCGACUUCUCUAGCGAGGAGGAGAAGACCAAGCUGAAGGAGAAGCUCGAGACCAGCGAGGAUUGGCUCUACGAUGAGGGUGAAGACGCCACCAAGGCUGUCUACCAGUCCAAGAUCGACGAGAUCCGUGCCAUUGGUGGCCCCAUCGCCCAGCGCUACCUCGACAAGUUCGAGGAGGAGCGCCAAGCCGCCCUCGCAGCCCAGGAGGAGGCCGCCGCAAAGAAGCGCGCCGAGCAGGAGGCUAUCCAACAAGCACAGCAGGAGCAGGCCGCCGCCGCCGCUGCAGCAGCCAAGAUGGCCGCUCAGCGCGAGCAGCAGGAGAAGAAGGACGCCGAGAUGCAAGACGCAUAG